GAAUUUUAUGAUUAUGAUUCAAGCUUAUACAAAAUUAAGCUACUCCGACACUAGGGUAUUUCUAUUUGAAAAACCCUGCAGAUACCAUUCAGACUUUGAGCUGUUUAGACUUUAACCUUAGCAUACUUUUAACUUAUCAGACUUUAUUUUAUAAGAAGGAAGGACAGCGUUAUUUAUUGUAUUUAAAGGAAGGGGUGCCUUGUAAUAAUUUGUAAUUGAAGAAGAAAGGAUUGCUUUAAUCAUUGCAUUUAAGGAAAGUAUUGUAUCAUUGCAUUUGAAGAAAGAAUUGCAUUUUUAUUGCAUUUGAAGUAAGGAUUGUGAUACAAAAUAAUUACAUUUAAUGUAAGGAACAUUGAAUUUAAAACGAUACAAUGCAUUGGUUUAAUGAGAAAAAAUUGAUUUGGAUCCUUGAAUGUGUUACAAUUUUUGUAUUUAAAACAGUCCUUACCAGCAAGUUCACUCUCUCGUCGAGUAAUGCACGAUAUAGUGAUACUUUAGUGCAACAUUUAAACACUAGCAAAAUACAAUGUGCGAGAUUAUGUGAUGGUGUGGAUGAAUGUACGUCUGUUAACCACAAUGCGGACACGGGCGUUUGCGAACUCACAACAUACGUUCCUGGCGUGGUGACACCUCCAACAGAAACCGAAUCCAACUGGAACGUUUAUUGUGAUGGUCGUUUUGUUCCUGCUGUUGAUGCGUGGCAGCAAUCUACACACGUGCACUUUGAUGUACCACUUGCAGCAAGCUUUGCAAUAGAUGGUAACCGCGGCGACAAAUAUAAAGUGACUCAUAUAAUAUACUGUGCUGUUACUGCAAGUAGCUAUUCGUAUUGGGGAAUGGAAUUUGAGCGUGUCGCAGAAGUGUCCCAUGUUAUCAUCUUUUUUAGGAAUUCCUCACAAAACAACUACAUGAAUUCGAAUUUGCGGUUACUUAUUUCCCCUACCCGACAAGAUUCAGACAACAAUAAGGGAACUGACUGCGCAUACUACGUCGGACCCCCAGCAUCGCCGUCUUUACCUGUAAAGAUCCCAUGUGCUCAGAACGUGACAGGAAAGUUUCUGAAGAUCACCCACAACCAGGAUGACCCCCUUUGCCUUUGUGAAGUAGAGGUUUACUCGGUUUAGAGGGGGAAACUGCUGAAUUCGUUCUGAUUAUUGUUUGCGUCUGCACUGGUCAUUCUUUAUUAAAUUCUUUCAUUUAAAAUCCGUAAGUGGCAAGUAGAAUGUACUCAAUGAUAUAAGAAUUAUGAGAGAUGAAAAUCAUCAUCUAAUUAUUUAAGAGGAAUGACCACCCUAAUAAGCACUGUAAGGAGCUGACAAAUUGAUAACGUGGGUCAUUUAAAUGUUUUAUUGGACACCUCCAUACAGACUUUAAACAAAAUUUACCGUAUGUUCUAUGGGUUAUGGAUAGUUUUCUGAAUAAAUGCUUGAAUAUAAGAAAGGCUGUUUUUAGGAAAUAAGAAAUCCCUAAA